AUGGCAAAAGGCGGCUCCGUCUCGCAGUCUAUAGACCAGAAGGUAUAUGACCUAAUCCAUGAGCUUCUCCAGGAACGUACAGAGGAGAACAAAAGUGAGAACCCGGAAGAAGAUCGUGACCUGCUUCUACAUGUGGCCCUAGCUAGAGACCUUCGAGCACUGGAUGUUGUGGCGUACGUUCAAGCAAAGGACUUUCAACUUAAGCGCAUGAAGAGGGCUAUUUUGGAAAAAUCUGUUGAUGUUGUCUUGAAGCUCUGUCGGGAAGAUGAAGAGUCUGAGUUAGCGGAAGUUAUUAGGCUUCAAGACGAAAAGGCACUUGCAAAAGCACAGGCUAUUGACAGUGAUUUUGAGGGUGUUGAUCAAGAUAACUUGAUGCUGGUUCCAGAGACGAACUCUUUAAAUAAGUCUGUUAUUUCCAUGUGGGAAAAGCAGGCAGCUGUGUCUCAAGACGAGGAAGAGAAGAAAGCCAAAAAACGCUCAAAGGAACAUGGUAAGCAUUCGAAGCAAAAGAAACCUAAGAUUGAGCACACACCACCAUCAAUCACUUUAUCAUCCCUUGGAGGUCUUCAAUCCGUGACAACCCAAUUAAUGGAAUUGGUAGGCUUGCCCAUUUUACAUCCCGAGAUUUAUCAAACUACUGGUGUUGAGCCACCACGGGGAGUUUUGCUUUAUGGCCCACCAGGUUGCGGAAAAACAACCAUUGCAAAUGCUUUGGCUGGUGAAUUGCAGGUACCCUUCAUCAACAUUUCAGCACCUUCUGUGGUCUCAGGUAUGUCCGGCGAAUCGGAGAAAAAACUUCGGGAAAUCUUUGAAGAGGCGCGUUCCCUAGCUCCAUGUAUCAUCUUUAUGGACGAGAUUGAUGCCAUUACACCAAAAAGAGAUGGAGGCGCUCAAAGGGAAAUGGAGCGUAGAAUUGUCGCACAAUUACUCACGCUUAUGGAUGAGUUGACAUUGGAUAAGACAGAUGGGAAACCUGUUGUAGUCUUGGGAGCCACAAACAGACCUGACUCUUUAGACUCGGCUUUACGUCGAGCAGGACGUUUCGACAGAGAAAUUUGUCUCAACGUUCCUAACGAGGACCAAAGGUGUGCCAUUUUGAAGACCAUGACUUCAUCUCUAAAACUUGAAAAUGACUCAGGUUUCAACUAUCGCGAGUUGGCAAAAAUGACCCCUGGUUUUGUCGGUGCAGACUUAAAGAGUUUAGUCACAGCGGCAGGUAUUUCAGCCAUCAAGCGAAUUUUCGAGAGCUUGAGCGAAAUUGAAGCGGAGAUUGUAAGCAAGACAGAGCAAAUGGAAAUAGAUGGAGCGGUGGCUCCUGAUCCAGCAGCCAACGCCACUUUUGCAAACAAGUCUGAAGAGGAGAAAUUAUCAACGAUUCAAAAGUUUCUUUCUAAGCACCCAGAUCCACUUACAUCGGAGCAAUUGGCUCCCCUUAGCAUCACCUAUGACGAUUUCAAAAUUGCAUUACCUACAAUACAGCCUACUGCCAAACGUGAAGGUUUUGCGACUGUUCCUGAUGUAACGUGGAAAAAUGUUGGAGCUUUGGCAAAAGUUCGUAUGGAACUUCAUAUGUGUAUUGUGCAGCCUAUCAAAAAGCCAGAGUUGUACCAAAAAGUCGGUAUUAGUGCACCAGCAGGUGUGCUUAUGUGGGGUCCCCCUGGAUGUGGAAAAACAUUACUUGCAAAAGCGGUUGCCAACGAAUCACGCGCUAACUUUAUUUCUGUGAAAGGACCCGAAUUGCUUAAUAAGUAUGUGGGUGAAUCAGAAAAGGCUGUCCGCCAAGUUUUUCAAAGAGCUCGGGCUUCUGCUCCAUGCAUCAUCUUUUUUGAUGAGUUGGAUGCGCUUGUGCCUCGCAGAACUUCUUCGCUUUCUGAAUCUAGUGCUCGUGUUGUCAACACACUAUUAACUGAGUUGGAUGGCCUUAAUGAUAGGCAGGGGAUUUUUGUUGUAGGUGCCACUAACAGACCUGACAUGAUUGACCCAGCCAUGUUGAGACCUGGUCGGUUGGACAAAACGCUUUACAUCGAGCUACCCACUGCGGAGGAAAGGUUGGAGAUUCUUCGUACUCUUGUCAAAGCAAACAAAACACCAUUGUCUUCGGAUGUGGAUUUGAAUGUGAUCGCUAAUCACCAAAAAUGUCGUAACUUUUCCGGUGCUGAUUUGUCCCUGUUAGUUCGCGAGGCUGGUGUUUUUGCAUUGAAAAAGAAGUUUUUCAGCGGGCAACAAAUCCAAGAGUUGGAUGCAUCAGGGUACUACGUUGAUAGUGCCAGCGAUAAUCUGAUCGAGGUGACGCAUGAAGAUUUCUUGGGCGCUCUAUCCAACAUUGCCCCAAGUGUUAGCGAUCGUGACAGAGCACGGUAUGAGCGGUUGAAUCUGCGUAUGGGUUGGAAUGUUAUACAAGAGGAGCCGGAGACUAAGGAGGAGAAAUAA